AUGCGCGCUGACACCACAUUUGUGUUGCUUGCACAGGCUCUCGCCGUCCAGGGCGUGCGGAUCGUCCAGUCCAACGACGACGGGUGGGCAGAGCUCUACGUUCGCUCUUUCAACGAUGCGCUGAAAGCCUCCGGCCAUGACGUCCUUCUCUCGGCACCUGCCGAGAACAAGUCCGGCUCCAGUUCCCUCGACGUUGAGCCGAGCCCGCGCACUAGCGCUUGCCAGUACAACAGCUGCGCAGCCAACAGCGGACCGGUCGGCUUCAAUGAGACCCGCAAGGACCUCCGCUGGGUCAACUCUUACCCGGUAACAUCCAUGCGCUACGGUAUCGAGCAGUUUGCUCCAGAGCAAUUCAAUGGUGCCGCUGUAGAACUCGCCGUCUCUGGCCCUAACGUCGGCUCCAACCUCUGGCUCCAGGUCCCUUUCUCCGGCACCGUCGGUACCGCUGUCUAUGCUUCAGGCACGAAGGGCAUUCCCGCCAUCGCCUUCUCCGGCUCUUCGGAUGGCACUCUCGCGUGGAACACGCAGCCUGCGCCUGCGCGGAGCACGGUAUACGCCGAGCUCGCGACGCGGCUGGUGGAUAAAAUUGUGAGCGGGGACGCUCCGUACCUGCCGGAGAAGACAUGGUUGAAUGUCAAUUUCCCGAAGGUCAGCGACACGGAGUGCAACGACCCGGACCAGUUCAAGUGGGUCUUGAGCCGGAUCAACCCGGGACUGCUGUCCGGUCCGGAUGUGAGCACGUGCGGUGACGACGCGAGGUUGCCCGAGGAGAACACGGUUGUCGGUACGGCGGGAUGCUACAUAUCCGUGAGCGUGGGUGAUUCCAACGACAAGACGACGGCGUCCAAGGACAAGCAGCAGCCUGUGCUAGAUCGGUUGUCUGGCUUUCUAUCUUGCCUGCCUUGA